AUUUCAUUCAUCAUCCAUCGUGGCGUAAUAUUUUCCGGCCGACUGUUCACGUUUUUGCUGUGACCUAAUAAUUAGAUACAGUUCGCAAGAAAUUUCGAACUAUGCAAAGCCUUGCCUCUGCUCAUUGCCAGUGAUUGGAAAAGACAGUUUUUAUUCAGUUCCUGCAAAUUAUUCUUCCACGAUGACGAUGUCCGGCUCAUCCAGGUUAUUGACUAAACUAAACGAAACUGUGUUAACCCACAAGUACUACGAGGCUCAUCAAUUGUUAAAAACGUUAAACUUUAGGUACUCUGCUUCCAAGAAAUAUGAUGAGCUUGAAACUUUACUUAGUGAUCACUCAGUAUUUUUUCUUGAUAAUAAGCAGUUUGAGAGUGGCAUGGAUGUGGCGAUUAUGAUAGCAAACCUUCACAAAGCGGCAGGAAACCAGCCGACAGACAUUAGAAUUCUAAAUGCAUUAUGUUUGCUUAAGAAAAUGCCACCCAGUCCCGAACGAGGACAGUUCCUUCAUUUGAUAUUAGAAUGGGCAGGCUCGUCUGAAUUGUCUGAUAAACUCAAUUCUUUUGCCGUGCAAAUGUACAUUGCAGAACGAGGGUACGAUGAAGCGUGGAGACAUGUAGUUCGAUUAAAUGACGGGAAAGUGGCCGCAAUAUACCUUUUACAAAUAGUUCAAGACAUUGGUUCAGCAAUAAAACGGGAGGAACUGGGGUUAAUUACGGCCCAUUUAGUUGUGACUUUGCUUGCUGCAAAAAAAGUUGCACAAGCCGAACAAGCGUUAAUAACAAUGGUUCAGACCCAAGACGUCAAACAAUUAUCACCAUUAUUGAAUGGAAUUCGAUAUUUGGUGGAGGCUGCUAAGACAAAUGACCCCCCGGCGUUCCAGGCAAUUCAGAAAUUGUAUGAUUUGAGUUUCUCAAGGGAUCCAAGUCUACAAAAAUUAGUUGGGGCUGCUGGCAAGUCUCUUUUUAAUAUAACUGAUGAGCGAAGCACCAAUGGAGGAGGUUUUAUGUCUCUCUUUAGUGCCUUCAUGAACAAUUCUUGAAUGCCUUAAUAUUGAUAGUUUCAUAAUGUGCUUGAUUUUUCUUAAUUUUGUGUUUGAAUAAAACGUUUAUCUCAUAAAAAUUAA